CCGGCGGGUCGGCGCCCCGCGCCCCCCCGCCAGGCCGCCAUGCAGAGCCCCGCCGGGAACGCCAGCCGCGGGCUAACGGGCGGGCCGCCCUCUACGGUCGCCUCCGGGGCGGGCCGCUGCGAGAGCGGCGCUCUCAUGCACAGUUUCGGCAUCUUCCUACAGGGGCUGCUCGGCGUCGUGGCCUUCAGCACGUUGAUGCUCAAACGCUUCAGAGAACCAAAGCAUGAAAGACGUCCAUGGAGGAUAUGGUUUUUAGACACUUCCAAACAAGCCAUAGGGAUGCUCUUCAUCCACUUUGCAAAUGUGUACCUAGCAGAUCUCACUGAAGAGGACCCUUGUUCAUUAACAGCCUUGCCCUGUAGAAGCUUUGAUGAUCCCCACUUUCCAGCUGGAGAAUUAAGGCACAGAGAGGUUAUACUCCUUAAAUUCACACAAUUCUGGAGUGGUAAAGCUGGACUCGAGCCCAGUAUGCUUGGCCCCGAGGCCUACAUGAUGCCCUGCUGUCUGCCCAUCUUCCCUGUAUUGAGGACAGAGUAUAGAACUUGGUCUUUAUUCCUAAGGCCAGCACACAGUAGGCUCAAGAAGUAUUGGUACCUCAUCAACUUUCUCCUGGAUGCCACCGUGGGCAUGCUGCUCAUCUACGUGGGCGUGCGUGCUGUCAGCGUCCUGGUGGAGUGGCAGCGGUGGGAAUCCCUGCGCUUUGGCGAGUAUGCCUGGCUUCCGAAUGUACCAGUCACCAGGGUCACAAGGUCCAUCCUCAUGAGGCUUAAAACAGGAGACCCUCUGCAGUGCGGUGCCUGGGUUGGGCAGUGCGCCCUUUACAUCGUGAUUAUGAUCUUUGAGAAGACUGUUGUCUUCAUCGUACUCCUCAUACUUCAGUGGAAAAAGGUGGCCCUACUGAAUCCCAUUGAAAACCCAGACCUGAAAUUGGCCAUCGUCAUGCUGAUCGUCCCCUUCUUUGUUAAUGCUUUGAUGUUUUGGGUAGUAGACAAUUUCCUCAUGAGAAAAGGGAAGACGAAAGCUAAGCUAGAAGAGAGAGGAGCAAACCAAGACUCCAGGAAUGGGAGCAAGGUCCGCUACCGAAGGGCUGCAUCCCACGAGGAGUCUGAGUCUGAGAUCCUGAUCUCAGCUGACGAUGAGAUGGAGGAAUCCGACAUGGAGGAGGACCUCCGCAGACUGACCCCCCUCAAGCCUGGGAAGAAAAAGAAGCACCGCUUCGGGCUGCCUGUAUGACACAUUCCAAUGCUGGGGAUGAUGGGUUUGGGGCCCAGCCAGCUGCUGUGUCAGCAGACGGUCACCCCACAGCAUCAGCCCUUCCUCCUCUCUCUGCCCUUCCUCUUCUACCUCCACUCCUGCUGCUGUCUCUGCCCUCUCUCCACCCACUCCCAGACUACUGUGACUUAAACAGAGGGAAGAGGAACCAGCGCCCAAGUGGGCCAUGGGCAGCUGGAGGUCCCCCACUCAGUUGCACUACAAACACUGACCAAAUAUGCAAGCCAAGAGCUUUGUUUGUUUGUUGUUGUCCUGAACAGUGCUGUGAGGGAUCCCAAAGCCCUUGUCCUGUGUCUGACUGGGUGACAUGGUAGAAAACACAGGUACACACAGACCAUGGGUAGAUCCUCUCACCGAGGCUGCCGGAAGUGUGGACACAUGACAUGCUUGGGGUUAAAAGUCACUCGUUGACCAAGUUGGAACCGGAAUGCUUUCUUACUCAAAAUGGCUUUUGUAACUCUUGAUUUCUAAAGCCCAUUUUAUGAGCUGUGACAGUGUUACUGUUUUUUGAGUACGUGUUUAUUCCUACAAAAUACCUAUGGGACUAAUGGGCAAAACAGAUUUUUAAGUCUUCCGUAUACUGUUUGACUUUUAUAUUUUUAAGUUAUAUUUUCAUACUAUUGUAUUUAAAAACUUUUUAAUCCCCAAAGAAAUGGGUUUGUUUGCCUUUCAUGGGUUAUGAGCUGGUGGGAGGAAGAAGUCAGGAGUUUUUACUUGGAAUAUUGUUAGGUAAUGUCUAGUGAUGAGUCAAGAUAAGAUUCAGGGGGAGGUGGGCAAUUUUUAUGUGGAACCAGAAGCCCGGUGGGGUGUGAAGGUCAGGCAGGCCUGAGCAUGAACAGUUGAUCCAGAGCUCUUUGGCAUCUCUUUCUGCUGGCAUGUUACAGGUGUUAGUUAAUUUUGGCUGAGAAAGGAGCCUUAAAGUUAGAUCUUAUAUCCAGAGGAAUCCAAACCUCCGGGCUGCUCAUGUUUGUUCCUUGCCUCCACUGAGGCAGCCUGCAGGACCAGCCCUGCCCUGGUACCUGUCACCUGCUGUCAUCUGCUUGUUUGCUCAGCAGUCUGGAGAACAUCCACCUGGCCAAGUGAGUCUCUUUCCACAUCCUCCAAAGCUGUGAGUGGACCAGCAGGGAGGGCAGAGAUGAGAGAGUUCCCUGUCUAAAUUCACAGCAGCACCCAGUGCUUCUAGGAUGGUAGCACCUACUCCUCAGCAUGGCCACAAGCCCUGGCUCUGACAGUUUGCCGAAUGUGGUGGAGUGGGCUGAGCCCAGCACUUCCCUGCUGUGGAAGCAGCAUGGUGGAGCUGCCCCGGGUUUGUCAAGCCAACAGGCAGCCAUGAACAUGCAGGAACAAGAAACCUCACCGCUGCAGUGUGGGCCAGAAUACAGGGACAAUAGAGACCACUCCAUGCAUCCUUCUUUUUAAACCUGUGUGUUUUACUUAACCAUCCUGGGCCUGAAUAUGCAUGGAUGGUUGAGCCAAGCUGUUGAACCAGGCCUGUAGGACUGCCCCCUGCUGCUCAUGGCCCUGCCUGUCCUAGAGAGAGGCGCACACCUUGGAAAGGCCCUCUCAGUCCACCUUCCUGUAGGAAUGCAUACACCGCUGGGGCUGUGGACUAGCCACGUAGCAGGAGCUGACUUUGCUAGCAUGCCCAGCAUGGCCACAGAGAGGAGCGGCUGGCAGUGGGGAGACAUGCGGCCCAUCUUGGGUCCUGCAUGGCUCCUGCUCAUGUUUGCACCUCUGGCUGCCAUCUCAUAGCUGAAGUCUUUCCCCACCCCUCUCCAGCAGGGCUCUGCUGAGUCCCCUUUGGGAGGACUGGGACUGACCCUCCUGGUGAACCUGUCAGUCCCUAAUGGUGUCACUGACUUCUCUCUUACCUUUUGCUGUUCACUGUGCUUGGACAACCUGUGGAGCUGCCUCUGCUGCCUUCCUGGAUCCCACAGCCUCCUAUGCAGUCCUGAGCUCCUAGUGUUUCCAAACCAGGCACAGAGGUGGGGAAGCUCGUCUGUGAAAAGUGGAAGCUACAAGUUGUACUGACAUCAGGUGACUCCUGUCCAGGCUCAUCCCAGCCCCUGCUCAGCAGUAGGUACAAAAGACAAAGAGGCAGUGAGAGCUGGGUUUCCCCUGAAUCCUGAUUUUUCAGUAAGGGCUGGAGAUACAGAGCUGGCUUAGCAGAGAUGGAGGUCUAAUAGAGUCUGAUCACAAGGGCCUACCUGGAAUGCAGGCUUGGAGAGUGUGGCAUCAUGUGUUUGGCCUUACCUUUCUCCCGUGUGGAUUUGUACCUGCACCCACAUGCACACACACAUUCACAUGCUGCAAGAGAGCUUCCAGUAGUCACUGGGUCCCCUUGUGCAGUACUCUGUCCCAUAAAAGUGGAGGUAGGGCUGUGAUCAGGAUGUCCUCCCGAGCUAUCCUUCCCCCGUGUUAAGUUUCCUCACCACCUGCUCCAAGGUGCCUUAUGAGGUGCAGCCCUUCACCGGCCAAUGGCAGGCAUCGCCAUGCUUGAGAAGCAAUGGGAUACUAAUGGAUAUCGUGUGCUGUUAAUCUGAUUUGUCCAAAUCUGGACUUUGAUCAAGUCACCCAUGAUGGAAGCUUGCAAGUCAAGGUUAUGAACAAGUUUCUUGUAACUAAUAAACCGAUGAGGAAGAACUGUCAUCUAACUGGAAGAGAUGGUUAUUGUUGUUAUUUCCUUUUGCUGUCAAUGGGACAUUGACAGUGGCAAGGGGUGGUGAGAUCUUGGUUGGCAGUGGCUUCUCAACCUGAGCAUCCUGAAGAUGUGCAGUGUGAGUCUGUGGCCCCUCAGCCCUCAAGCAUGCCAGUGGCCUCCUGCCUCAGACUUUAACUUGUGCCCUCCCUGGCAACAGGGAGUCAUAGGUUAAUGGCAUCUCACACCUGUUUCUUCAGGUAAAAUAUAAAGAUUCAAAUGCAAGUUGUGACUUCCUCUCAGCCUGGGGACACACAGAAGGCUGCCCCAGGACUCCCCAGACUGCACUGUGGCCCUGGGAGCUUCCUGCUGGCCUGACAGAGCAGCCACCUUCUAGGGUAUAGGGCUGGCUCUUAGAAGUUUCCCACACUGUCAGCUAAGAGGAAGAGCUCUCUUUUACCCUGUGAGACAUUGGCAGCCAUAAGAGUUGUUGCUUUUGGUGAUGGACUUUUAGUCUGACUUACUUUGAGCACCUUGAGAUGGUGGGUCGGUAGGUAGGUUGGUUGGCUGGUUAGUUGGUUGGUUGGUUUGGUUGUUUUACAUUUGAUUUUUCUUUUCAUGACGUUUACUAGAAGUCGGACCUACAUGAGGAAAAAAACUGCCCGCCUCAGCUGCCAUCCAGUGGUGUUGAGUCACAGAAAAACAUUUUUGAGAUGAAAGGAAAGAUGAUGUGCUUACAUUGUAAAAUGGUUUACAAUAAAAUUUGACAGCUUGUUA